CAUCGGACCCCUACGUUACGCUAUUGGUGGUGCUGCAUGCCAAUGUUGUGAAUGCUCUGUGAUUUCUCUGAAGUCGUUGGCCUAGGUUUAAUGAAAUUAAUUUCUAAGGAGACCUGGUUUUAAUAUUUAAAUCAAGACAACGUUUGAUCGGUUUAUUUGUAAUCUAUUCAAGUUUCUAUGCUCGAUGCUGGUCUUACAGUUCAAGAAGUAAUAGACUACGCCUGCCAAUAUGGCUAGACCAGUUUUAGGUCGAACUAAACUCAGACUACAGAUAGGAGAUUUUAAUUCUCCGAUACAUGAGAAUGAAGAAAAACUAUUUGCAUCCAAGGGUCCAACACAGUUAGAACGAAUGAAGUCAAGAAGUCUAGAAUCAAUAGGAAAGUUGAAUAUUUCUCCUGAUGAGAGAAUCCGAUCCACAGUAGAGGAAAAGGACCAGAAACAGCUGCUAAUGGACUUGGACGUGGUGAAGAGGAGCAGUGAAUGCCCGUAUAUUAUCAAGUUCUUUGGAGCUCUCUUUAAAGAGGGUGACUGUUGGAUUUGUAUGGAACUUAUGGAUACCUCAUUGGAUAAGUUAUAUAAAUUUCACCACCAUCACCUCAAGAAGAGUAUACCAGAACCAAUUCUUGGUAAAGUUGCAGAAGCAACUGUCAAAGCUUUACAUUAUUUGAAAGAGAAACUAAAGAUUAUUCAUAGAGAUGUGAAACCAUCCAAUAUAUUAAUAGAUGUCAAAGGUCAAAUAAAGCUUUGUGAUUUUGGAAUCAGCGGUCAACUUGUUGAUUCAAUUGCCAAGACGAGAGAUGCUGGUUGCAAGCCAUACAUGGCGCCUGAAAGAAUUGAUCCACAAGUGUCGACUUUUGACAUCAGAUCUGAUGUGUGGAGUCUUGGAAUAACUAUGAUUGAAAUAUCUACUGGUAAGUUUCCGUAUCCAAAGUGGCAGAGCGUGUUUGAUCAACUGACGCAAGUUGUGAAGGGGGAUCCGCCUCAAUUAAUAAGUAACGAAGAACACCAGUUUUCCCCUGAAUAUACUCAAUUUGUUAAUAUUUGUCUAACAAAAGAUGUUUCUAGAAGGCCAAAGUACAAAGAUUUAUUGCGUGAUAAGUUCAUUGAACGAUAUGUAAAUGAAGACGUUGGUGUUGCCGAGUAUUUCAAACAAAUUCUUGCUCAGGUGAAAGACUACCCUACUGUUGACCUCUGUGUAUAAUCAGUACUUUUGGUGGCACUUGAGGCCAAACUGAUACACUGACAUGAGGACUUCAUUGAGCAUGUGAUGGGUUCCUGUGAUGCACUCCAUUGUAUCCAUGGUGAACUCCAGGACACAUGCUCAGUGGCUUGCACUCAUGAUGUUUGCCAACGUACUCAGUGUGCCCACGGUGGAGUGGACUGUACCUAUGUUCAAGAGCAUCUAUGAUUAUUUUAUUGCACCUUUGGUGAAUCCAGGUAUGCCAAUGGUGUGUAAUGGUAUACCACUGGUGUAUCCAGGUAUGCCAAUGGUGCAUCUCGUUGCUCACAUCACAAACUAACAUAAUCAGAGUAGAUUGUGUUAGUUCGUGGAAUCACAGUAGCGCGUCAAAACGAACUCUAUUGGUUGUCAAGCACUUUUGUAUUCUUUUCCACACAAAAAGUCGUUAACAACAACAGCGCGUAUUUUGAUGCACUUUCUUGAUUUCACAAAAUAACACAUUCUAUUUUGAUUGUGUUAGUUUGUGAUGUGAGCGAUGAUCUGAUAUGCCAGUGGUGUGUGCUGGUAUGCCAAUGGUGCACACAGAUAUGCUCAUGGUGCAUUCCAGGUAUGCCAAUGGUGUAUCCAUGUAUGCCAAUGGUGUAUCCAUGUAUGCCAAUGGUGUAUCCAUGUGUGCCAAUGGUGUAUCAGGUAUGCCGGUGGUGCCUGCUGGUAUGCCAAUUGUGCAUCCCGGUAUGCCCAAGUGCAUAUUAUAUUUGAUUACCCAAAUCGCAACUUCACACAUGCGUUACAGUGCUCCCCCAAUCUUUUUAUAAUUUCUUACAAGUAUCAAUAUUGUGUGGUACCAUACUUAUGUUAUAUCAUUUACUGUUGACAUAUCAACAUUUUUUUAAACUUAAAAUUAUUAAACUUUAAAAGAUGUUUUGGUUUGAUCAUUGUGUGCAUUACUGUAGGAUAUUGGAAUGAGUUUAUCGCUUAACUGAGCUUUGGCAAAUUGCCAGCGAAUGGCAAACAAUACAGGUCCUGCGAUAUGGCACGAUGUUGUCGGUUGCCCAUGUUCUAUUUUGCUGCGAUUGAGAAUGGUCAGGUGACAGUAGUAACCCAGUAACUGUGCCCAUGCUAAUCACAGUAGUGUUGCAUAGCAUAGCAUUGUAGAUAAUCUACAAUUGGAAGCGACUUAAGUGCUCUAGGCAACUAGUUCAAACUUAUUGCUGGUAGUUGCACAAUUGUGAUUGAAAGUUGGCAUGAGAGCUACCGGUAACUAGUCAAUUUCAGUCCAGUCGCAAGGAUGACAAACUCCCAUUCAUUUAUCUUUUUCACUCAUAAAAGCCACACCAGAUAUUUACUAGUCAGUACAGUGGGUACGUGUGGAUUUCCAAUAUUCCAUGUAAUAAGUUUUUUUUUCUACUUAUUGAAUGUGUUGCUAGUUUCAACCUAAAUAUAUUUCUUUUUUUUUUAAAUUUUACUCUCUAAAUUAGGAUUAAAAAUUAAGACAUUUGUAUUAUAUAUUUUUGUGUAUAUAUACAUUUGUAUAAAUGUUUAUUAAUGUAGAAUAAUUUAUAAGUAUAUAAAGCAAUGCGAUAAUUAUAGUCAGAAUUAUUAGGCACUCAGUUUACAAGUUUGGGCAUUUGCAUAUUCCAAUUACACAUGCUGAAGUUUCAUAAUUUGCAUAUGCAAAUUAGACAUGCUAAAUAUGUGGUCAUUUGUAUAUGCAAACUCAUAAACUCAUGUAUCAACAUUCGCAGCAAAAUCUAAAAUUAUUCCUGUUCUUAAAUUUAUUUAUUUAUUCAUGUAAUUAUUCGAAACAUUUAAUCUCAGUGGUCUCCAUUGGUUAAUGGUAAAAGUAUCAUAAAAUAAAUAAAUGCCAUAAAAGCUCCAAAACAGUAAAUAUACAUUAUAUACAAUUAAAAAAAUCAAAGAUAUAAUAAUGAUGCCUUAAAGUUACUUCAAAAAAUAUUUAAUUAAAUAUCCAUUAAAACGAUUAGCACCUUUCAAUAAAUUCAGUUGUACAUUUUCGAGUGAAAUAUGUUUUGCCUGAAAAAGUAAUAGGGGCAUCCCCAGAAUAGGGGUUGGCUGCAGUGUUAAAAGAUAUACUUCCCUUGUUUUAUGGCCGAAAAUAGAGGUGUCCCAAACGAGGUUUUACUCUAUUUCUUGUGAAAUGGUUACUUAUUUUCUUUAGUAAGAUUUGAAAUAUGAAAUUGUUGGUUUAAACACCAGCUGGUUUCUCUUCCAUUUUUGUUGUUCAA